AAAACCCGGAUCUUUCUGUCACUUUGGAUGCCGGAGUCGGCGAUCGGUCUCCGAGAGCUCGUUCUUCUUUCUGUUUUUGUUUUUCAUUCUUUGUUUUGAAGUGUUUAUCGUGGUGCGCCUGGAGCGAUGGUCAGCGCUGGUGAGCUGGAACGGGUGUGAAUGCUGAAAAACCCUAGCGAGAUUCUAUCCCGAUGUAGAUUGGCGCUGGAAUGCCGCCCUUGCUCACGAGAUGGGCGUGUGGACUGUUUAGACUGUCGCAUUAGCUGGUUUGCAACCAAAUUGUACGUUUUGCGGGCAGUUGGUUGCGGUAAACCCUACGUUUGGGUGGCUAGGCGGAUGUGGUCGUGGCGUCCGUCCCAGGUGUUGCGCAGGCAAGCUGCCUGCGCCGGUUUGGGGUGGAAGCGCAGACCGUCGGUCGAGAUGACGAUAAUAGGCCCAGGGCUCAGGUUCUACGGUUUGGUUCCAUGAGGUUCUUUCCCAGUUCCUCCGUCAGCGACGCAUAGAUAGAGAAAGCCCGGUUUCCAACGCGGAAGUGCAUGGUCGUCGUAGCGGGUCGUAGAAGGAGUGGGGUUGGAGGGAUGAGGCAGGCGUAGUUUAGGUCAGGAAUGCAGCGGCGAGGAAUUUGUGAGAGUUGUGAAACAUAUCAUCACAUGGGGUGGUAAAAGUUGAGCAGAUGCCUCGGGGGAGUACGAGGCGAAGCGCUCGUGGCGUGAUAGUGGACCAAGGGCGUCAGCAUUGCCGCACAAAGAGCAGUGGGCGUCGAGACCAGCUUCGCGUGAGCAACGUAUGGGGUAGCGGUGUCCCGCUGGAUACGGUGGUACGCAGCAGGGUGAGAAGGAUGAGGAGAGGCGCGUUUCGGGGAUGCAGUAAACGUUGUACCCUGCUCAGUUUGCUGGACGCAAAAGAGCAGUGUUGGGUGGAUGUGGAAUGGUGAAUGUUUGGAUUGGGGUAUUGUUGAGAACGGUAGUCGCAUGCACCCGAAUUGGAAGCACCUGAGUGUGGGAGGUAGGAGAUGAUGAAUGGACACCACGGUAUUUUGGCGGCCGGCCCGGUUGAAGGUCAUUCGCUGGGUGUGGUUGCAGUAGCGGCACAUCCGGGAGGCAGAAUCGCAGCUUCGACGUCUCUGGACAGUUUCGUGCGGGUGUUCGACAUCGACUCGAAUGCUACCGUGACGACCCUGGAGGCCCCUCCAUCAGAAGCGUGGCUGAUGCAAUUUGAUCCCAAGGGUGAACUCCUGGCAGUCGCAGGAGGAGGGAGUUGUUCGGUGAAGAUAUGGAACACAACGAGUUGGAAACUGGAGCAGUCUCUGACGGUUCCUAAGGCCGAGAAUGGUGCGGACGGCAAAGCAGCAGACAAGGUGGGGCUGGGGAAGUUCGUGUUGGGAGUGGCGUGGAGCAUGGACGGGAAGAAUCUGGCUUGCAGCACGAUGGACGGGACAGUGGCAAUCUUCGACGUGGGCAAGGGGAAGCUGAUCCACACAUUGGAAGGGCACAACAUGCCAGUGAGGUCGCUGGUGUUUUCUCCAGCGGACAACCACGUUCUGUUCACCGCAUGCGAUGACAAGCACAUCCACAUGUACGACGCGAGGAGUAGGAUGCUGGUGAGUGCGUUCUCAGGGCACGCGAGCUGGGUGCUGAGCGUGGACGCGAGUCCGGAGGGGGCAGCCAUCGCGACAGGGUCAAGCGACAAGACGGUGCGGCUGUGGGACCUGAAGAUGCGGGCGUCGAUACAAACCGUGACAGAUCACACGGAUCAAGUGUGGGCAGUAGCGUUUCGUCCUAGCGGGGAGGGUAGCAGUUCUGGAAGGCUGGCUAGUGUGUCAGAUGACAAGAGCAUAUCUCUGUACGAGUACACAUGAAGCAAUGAAUGUAUCAGUGGAUUGUGGUUGUCGCGCA